CUGACUACUGUCCAGCUGUCAACAAAACAUGAAAAUUUCUUAAUUUGGCAUAAUAGUUUCAAUUUAUGAUAAAUCUACCCAACAAAAUAAAACAUUAUUGUCAUCAAAUUUAUCUAAUUGUAAUGAAGAAUGUCUGACAUAGUUGAAAAGACCAUUUCAUCAAUCGCUGGGAGCCUGAGCAGCCCUGCUGCUAAGGUUCCUCAAUCCCCCCAGUUUGCUGUUUUCGUGGACACACUUGGAAAAUGCAGAUCCCAGCAUGAAGUGGACGAACUUUUGAAAAGGGAAACAUCCCAACUUAAAAUGAAAUUAGCCAAACCUACUUCUCCAGCAGGCAUCCGUGACUGUCUGAUUCGAUGUAUCUACUGCCACCUGAUGGGCCACAAUGUCUCCUUCGCCUACAUUCAUGCCGUCAAGCUGGCACAGCAAGGCGUGCUGCUUCAGAAGAGAGUUGGGUACCUAGCAUCGGGCGUCUUCCUCGAGGGAGGCAACGAACUGGGCAUCAUGUUAGUCAACACAAUCCAGCGAGAUAUACAGAGUACCAACAUACUGGAAAUCAGCGCCGGGCUGAUUGCUGCAUCCCAGUUGAUCGAUACAGAAAUGAUUCCUGCGAUUCUGCCCUUAGUUGAGGAAAGACUCAGUCACCUAAGGCCAUCAAUACGAAAGAAGUCGGUUGUCUGUUUACAUAGUUUCUAUCGGAAAGCUCCCGGUCUUCUCGAACACAGCCUGGAGAAGUUUAAGAAAGCGCUCUGUGACAAGAGUCCUGAAGUAAUGUGGGCUGCUCUUCACAUUUAUCGUGAUCUCAUACAGAAAAAUCCGGAGAAGUACAAAGACAUCACGAAAAGCCUUGUGUAUAUUCUGCAGCAGAUCAUUUCACGGACGUUCCCGACCGAGUUUGAAUACAACAACAUUCCAGCACCUUGGUUGCAGAUCCAGCUCCUUCAGUGCAUGGCAAAGCUUGGAGAAAAUGACCCUGGAACAAGUCAAUUGCUUUACCCAGUUCUUACUGAGGUCUUGCAGAAGAUUGAUGCCACGGUGAAAAUGGGACUAGGUGUUAUCUAUGAGUGUGUGAAGACAAUAGCCGCCAUUCAUCCGAGUCCGGCGUUACUGGAACUUGCAGUGAAAUGUGUGACCAAGUUCAUAACGGCAAAGAACAUCAACUUGAGAUAUCUAGGUCUAAAAACCCUAGGAGUCAUCGUACAGAUCAACCCAGCAUAUGCCGUACCACAUCAGGAUAUCGUGAUUGAAUGUCUCGACCAUCCCGACCUGAGCGUGCGGAAAAAGGUCCUUGAUAUUCUCUACAAGAUGACCAACGGUGAUAAUUUCAAGGUCGUCUGCCAGAAGCUAAUGGAGAAUCUGCAGCAGGCGUCUGAUCCAUAUAUAAGGGAGGACAUCGUCACCAAGAUCACGCAGCUUGCUGACAGGUAUUCGUCAGACGUGAUCUGGUACACACAGACGAUGAAUACACUCAUCUUGCUCGCGAGUAGUAACAUCCCAGACCAUGUGAUCACCAACAUCAUGGCCGUCAUCAGUCGCACCAUCACCGAAAAAGACGGAGAAGAACGCAUAAAAGAUGUUGAGUCGUUGACAAAGAUUAUGUGGAACUGUAUCAAAAAUCAAGAAAUUCCUGACUCGUUACUUCGAGUUGCUUCAUGGGUGAUUGGUGAAUACUUGGACUCCCCCACUGUCAACUCCGCAAACGAUGUCUUCAGAAUCUUGGAGGAGAAUUUCCUCCAUGAUUCGACGUCAAUAGAAACCAAGAGUUAUAUACUUAGUGCCAUUAUGAAAGUGUUAGCCAGAUCUGAGAGGAAUUCUUAUUCAUGUGAGCGCCUUCUGGAAAGUUGUGAAAGGUGCAGGCCAGAGUUACGACAGAGAACAAAAGAAUUGUCAAGAUUAAAUAUGCAAAAUACUCUCCUCAAAAGUGUUUGUGAUGGCAGGAAAAAAAUAAAUGAGAUUGACGGCACCCUUUCGUUCCUGGACGACUUUGUCUGUGACCAGCUACAAAAGGGGGCAGCACCGUAUAGACCAAGGAGUAUGCGACAUCCAGUUCUCAUGAAAUCCCAAGGCACCCCCUCUGUGUACACCGAACUCACCUUCCAACCCUACGAAAGUCCUCAGUACAGCGGCUCUUCAACCAUCUAUAGCAAAGAUCAAUCAAUUAGUUCACAUGGCAGCCCAAGUAGUGGCGACAUCUUUAGUGAUCCGGUUCUCAAGUUGAAAAGUGUGCCAAAGAUCUGGGGAGCAGAGGGCGUGGCCAGGCCGGGGGCAGCAGACACUAGUCUCAAGAUGAAACGAUCUGAUGAUGGUUCAGGGAGUGAUGAGAAUCAAUUAGAGGGUGCAGCAUCCGACAGCAAUGGUGUGAUGACAUUUGACGUCCCUGCUCUGUCAGAAGAUGAGCAGAAGAAAAAGGAUCUUGCGUCUGCUCUAUUUGGUGGCCUCUCAAAACAGUGGUCCCAAAUGGAACCAAACUACUUAACAGGCCGUCAGCUUAAAAAUAAGCGUCUGGCAGCGGCCAUUUUUACCAGCAAGAUGUAAGGAUUCUGAAGGAACCAACUCAUAACAGCAUCAAAGUCUCAAUAAACGCGGAUAAUUCUCGAUGUCAAAUGACAACAAAGAUUUUCAAAGCAGGAAAUUUGUUCAAUCGCAAAAAAUUUAUGAUUUUGCUGUUUCUUGCUCUGAUGAUUUUCUACUCCAAGGAAUAAGAGGGAAGGUGCAAUAACAAUUAAUAUAUCGAAUUAGAUUUUUGUUCUCAGACUUCAAAGGACAAAGUUUAUAUUUGUGUGUAUCACAGCUUGUAGAAUAGCACUGGCUCUUGAGACUGUAAUCUUAACCAUUCAGUGUGGGUUUAGGACGCGAACAGGCAUCCAUUUUGGGGCAGUCAAUUGGAAUUUACAAUGAACCAAAAACUUAUGAAAAGAAAAUUUGGUAGACUGUAUGUUUUAUGAAGAGCUGCUAGCUCCCUCAGAUUUCGAGUAUGCUCUUGAACCUCAUGACAUUCAAAGUGUGAAUAAAAUGCCUGUGAAAAUGUGCCAUUUGUAAUAUGAUAGAUGAAGUGCUUCUGUGUCACUGCAAGAUGGGAUUGUUCUUUCUUUAACUUUUGUUAUUGCGGAAAACUGUGCAAAAAGUGUAUAUUAAGUUCCUGAAAACCAUGUGAAAAAUUUAGUUUACUUGCUAAAACCAAGGAAAAAUUGUAACUUUUGAUGCUGAAAACCAUGGAAAAAGUAUCACUUUUGUGUGAGGCAAAAGUGUUGAAGUGCUUGGAAUGUAUUUUAUUGUGUAGAUGGACACGCAUGAUCAAAUAUGCUGCUAGUACUCCUACUUUAUGUUAUACUCGACUUCAAAGUGAGAAAUAUUAAAUGUAAGAAAUGUUA